AUCAGCUACUGACCAUGUCAACAGAGUUCCAGGAUGCUCACCUUGCAGAGGUGAAACCUCUGGUGGAGAAGGAGGAGGCUAUCACUCGCCUCCUUCCAGACUUCGAUGUUCAGGAGCAAGACAUAGAGACCAUGCAUGGUUCAGUCCAUGUCACCAUGUGUGGGACUCCCAGGGGCAAUCGGCCAGCUAUCCUCACCUACCAUGACAUCGGGCUGAACCAUAAAACCUGCUUCAAUCCUCUCUUCAACUUUGAGGAUAUGCAGGAAAUCACCCAGCACUUUGCAGUCUGCCAUGUGGAUGCACCUGGUCAGCAGGAUGGAGCACCAUCUUUCCAAACUGGGUAUGUGUAUCCCUCCAUGGAUCAGCUGGCUGAAAUGAUUCCUGGAAUCCUGAAACAGUUUGGGCUAAAGACCAUUAUAGGAAUGGGGACUGGAGCUGGUGCCUACAUCUUAACCAGAUUUGCUUUAAACCAUGCAGAGAUGGUGGAGGGAUUAGUUCUCAUUAAUGUAAACCCUUGUGCUGAAGGUUGGAUGGACUGGGCAGCAACUAAGAUUUCAGGUUGGACAAAUGCUUUACCAGACAUGGUCAUUUCACAUCUAUUUGGAAAGGAAGAGAUUCACAGCAACCAUGACCUGAUCCAUACUUACCGUCAGCAUAUUAUUAAUGAUAUGAAUCAAACCAACCUUCAUCUCUUUGUCAACUCUUACAACAGUCGGCGAGACCUAGAGAUUGAGCGCCCUGUUCCUGGAGUGAGUGCUGUCACCCUUCAAUGUCCUGUCCUCCUGGUGGUCGGUGACAGCUCCCCGGCCGUGGAUGCCGUGGUUGAAUGCAACUCGAAGCUGGACCCAACAAGGACCACACUUCUGAAGAUGGCUGACUGUGGUGGGCUCCCUCAAGUUUCCCAGCCUGCCAAGCUUGCAGAAGCUUUCAAAUACUUUGUUCAGGGAAUGGGAUACAUGCCCUCUGCUAGCAUGACCAGGCUGAUGAGGUCCCGCACCGCUUCUGGCUCCAGCGUGACUUCUUUGGACGGACAGAGGAGCCGGUCCCACACCGGGGAGGGCACGAGGAGCCGGUCCCACACUGCCCACACCGGGGACGGGGCCAGGAACCGCUCCCACACAGACACGCGCAUCGAGCUGACGCCCAACUCGGCGAGCAAUGCUGAACAAUCAAGCCCCAAGUCCAUGGAAGUGUCCUGUUAGAUGGCAAUGGGAGGCUUAAACUGGUCACAGUGUGAAAAAGUAAUGGAUGCCCCCUGUGUAUCACAAAAACAUAACUGGUAUUAAUCUCAAGCUAUUCUGUAGGAUGAACUUCGUUCACCAGGGUCUGACAGGGACCAAAGAAAAGAAGCAUCUCAUUUGCUCUGUCAUUAUUCUUGUAACUCAGACAGCUGCUGCUAUUGUGCCCUCCUUCAGUGGAUGCCAAAUUCUAAAGGAUACUUGCCAAAAGCUGAUGUGGUUGUAAACACUUCAGAGUCAAACCAGAAUUGCUCAAUACCCUCCUUUAAAAUCAAAGCUGUUACAGGCCCCUUUAUCUCUUAUUCUCUUGAAGUAAACUGGCACAAUUUGAGAUGAGUUCCAAAGAGGGGGAGAAAAAAACCCAACAAACUCUCACAGAUGACUUUAAGAAAAAGGAAAUGAAACAAAUGUGUUAUGGCCUCAUGUUGAAGCUGGAGUCGAAUUAAUUGUAUA